GGAAGCCGGAAACCGAGCAAAUGCGGGCCAGGCGGCCGAGCAUAGAAAUCCUCCACCUGUGAGUUUGUUACGCAGAAAAUAUAAAAAACCGUUUUCUCUUUUCUCCUCCUCUUCCUUCCUCAGGAAAACCAAUCGCCUCCCUCUUCUUCCCUAUGGAGAACAACAAUCAUGGCCAUUUAGAGACGAGCAAAGCCGACAAAGCAGUGUGGCUGAUGAAAUGCCCCACAUUGGUCUCUCGCUCUUUCAAAACCCAGGAGGAACCCUCUCGCCCUGUUGCCAAGGUCAUCCUCUCCAUCGAUCCCCUUCUCUCCAAUGACGACAAUGAACUCCCUCAGUUCACCAUGGAACUGCUUGGCCCAGAUUGUGGAAAUGCACCCAAGAGCUACUCCAUGGAUAUAUCAAAAGACUUUAUCCCAAUGUCUGUCUUUUCUGAGUCACCUCAAGGCAAGCUAGCUGUGGAGGGUAAAAUACUGAACAAGUUUGACAUGAGACCUCAUGAUGAAAAUAUUGAGAACUAUGGUAAACUCUGUCGGGAAAGAACAAAUAAAUAUAUGACCAAAAGCAGACAGACACAGUUCAUCAACAAUGACACUGGGAGUCAUAUGAGGCCUAUGCCAGGAAUGAUGAUUACUUCUGUGAUCAGUGUACUUUCUUAUUUUUAAAUAUAAUUUUCUUAAGUGCAUUUUAUUUUACUGCUAACAUGCCCUGGGGCCCUCUUUUUCUCCACCAUUUGUAUGAGGAGAUGCAAUGUUUUUGCAAUAGGAUAGGAGGAGACAGCCAGCUAAGGCAUCGGAAAUGAAAAGAACAAGGAGGGAUCGUGGAGAAAUGGAAGAGAUUAUGUUUAAGCUCUUUGAAAGGCAAUCUAAUUGGACUUUAAGGCAACUGGUUCAGGAGACAGACCAACCUGAAGUAUGUUUCUUCAUACACCUUCCUGCUUAUUGCAUGGAUGCUCUUUUCUUUCUUUCUUUUGUCUUGAGUCUAUCUCACUUCAUCCUUAUCAGUCAAAGGUAGCAGAGUUCUCCAUCCACGCCAAGAUUGUCUCUCUAUAUAUGACGCUAAUGCUUUCGUUGUCAUUCUGCCUUUCAUGUCUCUCCACUCAUUUGUACUUUUAGCUGGGUUAUACCGUGUGAAAUGUUCUCAAAAUACCCAACACCAGAAACAGGUUGUGGUUUAUUAAUUUAAUUCAUAACUAUGAUAAUUGACAAGAAUGAUAGAUAGAUUAUGAUACAUGCAAUUUAUGGCAGUCCAAGAUAUAUGCUUAGACUUGUGUGAGCUGAGGAAAACCUUACUAAGAUGACCACUGAAAUCAGUAUUUCAGUAGCUAGAAUGUCAGCAGGCUCACUGUUUUCUUGAACAUUUCACUUUUGUGACUGGAAAAAUUUUGGUUGUGAGCUCAUGGCAAAAGUGGGUAAUUGUGCUGA